CUGGCUGAGGAGAGUUUUACUCCCAACUCUCUUUCACCUACUUCACUCAUCCCAUGGUUAUAUAACCUUCAGGAUGGAAUUUGGAAAUUCCUUUGACCCUGCCUGCCUGCUGAUAGAGCUGAGCCAGUGGCUGGCAGGGAUACAAUCUAAUAGGCCAAACUGGAAACACACACAUUUACAGUCCCCUUUCCUGAGCCCAGACUGGGAAGGCAAGGAAAGACUUGCUCUGUCUCCCUCCUCCCCUUCUCUGGCCUAAGUCUAUGCUGACUUCACCAAAGAGACACCUGACUUUCCCAGAUGAGGUGGGAGGGACUAAAGGCCUAUGCAGGGCCAUGGAGGGUGGAGGUGCAGGCACAAACAAUAUUUAAGAUGCUGACUUGGUGGAGCAUUUGGGCCUGUGAAGGAGAGAUAGAACACCCAUUAAGCUCCACUUUCAGAAACUCAAACUUUGAGAAAGGUUAAGAAAGAGCAAGGAAAGAAAGAAAACAACAAAGUGUGAGGCCAUCCAGAGUGAAAGCUUAAGACUUGCUACAUUUUCGCAGACCUCUGCUAGGCAAAUCCAGACGCACCAAAGGAAGAUCCUCUUCACCCAAGCCUACAAAAGAUGCUGAAAAAGACUCUCUCAGCUCUGACCUGGCUCAGCAUUUUCAUCAUGGCCUUUGUCAGUCACCCAGCGUGGCUGCAGAAGCCCCCUAAACGCAAGACACCUGCACAGCUCAAAAUGGCUGCCUGCUGUGAGGAGAUGAAGGAGCUCAAAGCCCAGGUGGCCAACCUAAGCAGUUUGCUGGGUGAACUGAGCAAGAAGCAGGAGAGCGAUUGGGUCAGUGUGGUCAUGCAGGUGAUGGAGCUGGAGAGCAACAGCAAGCGCAUGGAAUCACGGCUCACAGAUGCCGAGAGCAAUUACUCAGAGAUGAACAACCAGAUUGACAUCAUGCAGCUGCAGGCAGCACAGACUGUCACACAGACCUCAGCAGAUGCCAUCUAUGACUGCUCUUCCCUCUACCAGAAGAACUACCGCAUCUCUGGAGUGUACAAGCUUCCUCCCGAUGAAUUCCUGGGCACCCCUGAGCUGGAGGUGUUCUGUGAUAUGGAAACUUCAGGUGGAGGUUGGACCAUCAUCCAGAGACGGAAGAGUGGCCUUGUCUCCUUCUACCAGGACUGGAAGCAGUACAAGCAGGGCUUUGGCAGCAUCCGUGGGGACUUCUGGCUGGGAAAUGAACAUAUCCACCGGCUCACCAGACAGCCAACACGGCUCCGUGUGGAGAUGGAGGACUGGGAGGGCAAUGCGCGCUAUGCAGAGUACAGCCACUUUGCUCUGAGCAAUGAAUUGAACAGCUAUCGGCUGCUCCUGGGGAACUACAGUGGCAACGUGGGGAAGGAUGCCCUCCUCUAUCAUAACAACACGGUCUUCAGCACCAAGGACAAGGACAAUGACAACUGCUUGGACAAGUGUGCACAGCUCCGCAAAGGUGGAUACUGGUACAACUGCUGCACAGACUCCAACCUCAACGGGGUGUACUACCGCUUGGGGGAGCACAGGAAGCACCUGGAUGGCAUCACCUGGUAUGGCUGGCAUGGAGCCACCUACUCCCUGAAGAGGGUGGAGAUGAAGAUUCGCCCAGAAGCUUUCAAAUUCUGAAAGAAGGUGGCUGUGGAGCAGGGCUGCAGAAACAAGACAAGUGGAAGCUGGGGAAGGCAGGGCGGGAUGAGAGGAGUGUAUAGAAAGGGCAGAGAUGGUGACUGGCCUACCAUCUCCAAUGAGUCACUCUCGUACAAUUACAGUAUCUUUGCUGUUGAAGUGAGUAUAUGUGCACAAU